AUGACGGCAGCAGAAGCUGCGCAUGCUGCCAGCAACAGCAGCGGCUGCUGCCCUAGUGAUGGCGGUGAAGAAGGGACUGCUUCAGCAGCAGCAGCAGCAGGCGCUGCUGCCGCGGCGGCAGCAGCAGCAGCGGCUGCUGCUGCUUCUGUCGGGGACUUCCUGGGCACCCUCGGGAAGCUGCGUUCUUUGUUGCGUCGCAUGCACUAUCCUGCAGCGGCAGCAGCAGCAGCAGCGGGCAGUGAGUGGUGCAGCAGCAGCAGCGAGCAAACAGCAGUUGCUGCAGGAGCUGUUGACGCCCUUCUGCCCAUCAUUCACUUUGCAGUUUGUGAUUUCAGUGCAAAUGUUCAUAGCUUUCUUCGGCGCCGCGGCUUUGAGUUUCUCUUUAAGUCCGACAAACGAUUUGUAGAGGAAGUCUGGAAGUUCCUGAGGCAAGAGUGCGGCUAUCGGCCUGCAUUGACUGCUUCUCAGUUUCUGACGCCUGUUGGGUUUGCAGAGAGGAAGCUGCUGCUGUGCUGCGAUGUCCUCACCAUAGUGCGCGCCAUACACAACCAGGUGCAGCUAGCCAGACGCAAAGCCAAACAGCAGCAGCAGCAGCAGCAGCAUCAACAGCAACAGUACCAGCAGAAGCAAGCAGGCUUCUUGCUAGAAGUCGGUGCGCUCAAGAAAGCUGCUCUUUCUCCUACUCUUCGCAGCAGCAGCAGCAGCUUUAGAUACAGGCGGCCAGAGGGAGGCGAGCAGCAGCAGCAACAGCAGCAGCAGCAGCAGCAAGGUUCCAGCAGCAGAAGCGGAAGCGCUCCAGUCCCUCAGGCUCGGUUGGCGAUGCCUGCAGCAGCUGCUGAAGCAGAGCAGCGAGCUGUCUCAGCCCUCUUGCAAAAUGUCGCCUCUAAUGUCUCUUCGCUGCAGCUCUCCGGUCGCGUGCAGUCUGCUAUCGAUGACCUGCGGGCCCAGCUGCUACAGCUGGAGAGCCGCGUUGCUGCUAUAGAGAAGCAGCAGCAGCAGCAGCAGCAGCAGCAAGCUGCUGCUGCGGUGUACCCUGCAGCAGCAGGGCAUUUCAAGGAGCCGUUGCCUGCUAACGUAUCCCCUACUGCUGCUUCAUGCUGCUGCGCCUGCAGCAGGCGAACCUGCUGUGCUGCCAGCGAUAUUCCGCUGCAGACGCAGCAGCAACAGCAAGGGGCUCUGCAGCAGCAGCAGCCAAACCCGCAGCAGCAGCUGCUAAUGCAGCUGCCACAAGUAACUCAGCAGCAGCAGCAGGUGCUGCAGUACCGUCAGCAUCAUCUCCUGGAGCAGCGGCAUCCCGAGCCGCGGCAGCAACAGCAGCAUGCGGCGCCGUUGCAACAGCAGCAACUGCAGCAGCAGCAACUGCAGCAGCAGCAACUGCAGCAGCAGCAACUGCAGCAGCAGCAACAGCAGCAGCAGCAGUUUCAACCCCAGGCAAGUGGGCCGCUGCUCCUGCACGGUUGGCAUCAGCCCACGAGCGGGGCUGCUGCUAGUGCAACACCUGCAGCACCACCCGCAGCAGCAUCUGCAGCAUCAGCGCCCAAGGCAGCAGCGUUGAGCGCAGCAGCAGCAGCAGCAACUGCAGCAGAUGAGAAGCUGCAGGAGAGCGUCAGACGGAUAUCUCAGAAGAUUCAGGCGCUGCAAGGGGCUCUUCAAGGACCUGCAGCAGCAGACCAUUCUGCUGUUGCUUCUCCUGUUGUUGCUGUCUCUGCCUCUGCUGCUCCUGCACCUACAGCAUGCCCAGCAGCGUCGGCAGGCCCUGCUGCUGCUGCUGCUGGCACAAACGACAGUGCAGCGUUUGCGGACAUGGCAGCAGCAGCAGCUGCUGCUGCUGCUGCGAAGAAAAUCUCUGAAAGGGUCCCUCCAACGACAGCAGCAACAGCAGCACAAUUGGAGCACCCGCCUCCUCCCCCUGCCUUGUCUCCUGCUGCAGGUAACCCUUUGGCGAAGAGCGGCAGCAGCGCCUACAGCAGCAUUCAGCUGCCUCCCCUGCAGCACGAACUGCUGUUGCUGCAGCAGCACAACUGGAGUGGAGUGCUGCAGCAGCCGCAGCAGGUUGUGUUGCACCCGCCGCCUGCGGAGCAGCAGGAGAAUCUCUUAAGGGCGCAUUUACCCCAUUUCGGCCCUGCCGAGGUCCACGAGGAUGCAGCAGCAGCAGCAGCUGCUGCUGCUGCUGCUGCAGCAGAGCCAGCUCCAGCAGCAGGAGGUGCAGCGGCGAAUGGUUCAUCGGCAGCGUCUGAGGCGGGUGCCCACGGCUCCGCUGCUGCGAGCGAGCAGCAGCAGCAGCUGCUGCAGCAGCAGCAGAGUCGGCAGCAGCAGCUGCUGCAGGAGACUCCCUUCUUCGGUCUGGGACAGAGCACGGACUCGGGUGUCACUGAGGCAUCCUUCAGCAACUUAAGGCAGGGCACUUUGCCUGUGGGGCCCCACACCUUCACGGGAGCUGCCCCCCUCCCCGUGUGGCCACCCUACCUGCAGCUCUAA